GUGGUGCCUACUAUAUGAUAUCCAGAAGUCUAGGCCCAGAGUUUGGCGGUGCCAUUGGUGUGAUAUUUUCUGUUGCCAACACUGUAGCCGUGGCCAUGUAUGUGGUGGGCUUCGCUGAGACAGUCAGGGAUAUUCUCAAGCGCUACGACCUGGUGAUGGUUGACGACUUGAAUGACAUCCGUAUUAUUGGAAGUAUCACUAUCACAGUACUACUGGCAGUUGCCUUGAUAGGCAUGGACUGGGAGUCAAGGGCACAGUUGGUUCUCUUGAUAAUUCUUACUCUGGCAAUUGUGAAUUUUUUCGUUGGCCUGUGCAUCCCUCCCAGCUCAGAACAAAUGUCUAAAGGGUUGCUAGGACCUAAAGAGGUGUUUACUACAAAUUUAGUCUCCCAUUAUGAAGAACAAGAGUCAUUCUUCAGUGUGUUUGGCAUAUUUUUUCCUGCUGCCACUGGCAUCCUUGCUGGUGCUAAUAUUUCUGGGGAUCUGAAGGAUGCAUCAAAGUCGAUUCCUAAGGGCACUUUCUUAGCGAUCCUAAUCACAACAUUGGUAUAUCUGUUGAUUGCUGUGUUUGCUGGAGCAUUUGUCCUGCGGGAAGCAAAUGGCAUCAUCCUGGUUUCAGUAGUUAAUGAUAGUGUCUCCAGCAUGUUGGGAAGCUCUACGACUUCUGUGUUGUCAGCCAUUGCCAAUACAACAACACCAGCCAGCUUGCACUUUGUGGGGAGUCCUUCGUUAAAUGACUCGGUUUACUCUGUGCCAACCACUGCAUCUGUUUUACCCACGAAAGUUUCUCCGGUGUUCACAACUGAAGAGUUUAGCUAUAACAUGGCCUUUGUAGCAAACUGCUCCCUGCUUCCCGAAGGAUGCAAGUAUGGACUUAUUCAUUCAUAUCAGGUUAUUGAGAUGACAUCAGCAUGGGGUCCCUUAAUUCUAGCUGGCAUAUUUUCAGCAACUCUUUCUUCAGCUUUAGCCAGCCUGAUGUCCGCACCAAAAGUCUUUCAGGCCCUUUGCAAGGAUAGAAUAUUUCCAUUCUUUGCUUACUUUGGUGCAGGACAUGGACCAAAUGACAAUCCCCAUCGAGCCUUCAUCCUGUGCUUUGUUAUUGCACUGUCAUUCAAUUUAAUAGCUGAUCUGAAUGCUAUUGCUCCUUUGAUUUCCAACUUUUUCCUUAUGUCUUAUGCUUUGAUAAAUUUUUCAUGCUUUGAUGCAUCCAUCGCCAGGUCACCAGGUUGGCGUCCAGCGUUUCGUUUUUACAACAUGUGGCUCAGUUUGUUUGGAGCCUUGCUAUGCAUUGCUGUCAUGUUCAUCAUUAACUGGAUCACAGCAUUAGUUACUUUUGGUUGUGUUGGCAGUCUGUUUAUGUAUGUGCGGCACUGGAAGCCAGAUGUCAACUGGGGUUCCUCCACUCAAGCUCAUGUCUACAGAAGUGUCCUACAUUCAGCACUGAAGUUGAUCAGGGUUGGAGAACACAUCAAAAAUUUCAGGCCCCAGGUGCUGGUGUUAUCUGGGGAACCUGACACACGACCUGCCCUGGUAGAUUUCUGCUCUCCUCUCACCAAGAAGAUGGGUCUCAUGGUCUGUGGCAAUGUUAUUAUUGGAGAGCAACAUGAACACCUCCGUAAGCUGCGAUCAGAUGAUGCUUAUGCAUAUUUCCGUCAUCGUCGUAUCAAGUCUUUCUAUUCUGCUACUACAGCUGCUACAUUCCAGCUUGGGGCUGAGGCCCUAAUGCAGAAUGUUGGGAUUGGCAAGUUCCGUCCAAAUCUUCUUAUCCUUGGUUUCAAGUCCAACUGGCAAACAGACAACCCAGAUAAUGUACAACAGUAUCUGGGGAUUAUUCAUGAUGCCUUUGAUCUGAAAUUUGGUGUGGGGAUCCUGCGUGUGAAGGAAGGUUUUGGUCUGGAUGUCGACUCUGAUACAACAGUGUUUGACACUCGACAUGAUGAAGCCAAAGUUGAUGAUGGGAAAGGGAAGGACAUUGAAAGUGGAAAAAAUGGCCGCACUCAGCUGAAAGAUUCUGCUAGCAAGGGAAUGCUUGAAGUUGAUGAAGAUGAAGAUGAUGAAGCACGUAGUCAGAUUGAUGGCGAUGAUCAUGCCAAUCCCCGUAUGUUAAGUAAACUAAACACUCAGGUGUUAAAGACAAUGAACAAGUUUAGGUAUAAGGAAAAAGGAUCAAUUGAUGUAUGGUGGCUGUUUGAUGAUGGAGGCCUAACGUUACUGCUGCCCUACAUCCUCACCACUAGAGCCCAUUGGAGAGGUUGCAGGCUGAGGGUAUUUGCUGCUGGAACAAAAAGUGGAGAUCUGGGAUACGAACAGAGACAAUUAGCAACCCUAUUAGCCAAGUUCAGAAUUGACUGUAAAGAUAUGACUGUACUACCUGAGGUCAACAAAAAACCAACUGAGGAAAGCGUAAAGAUUUUCAACUCCUAUCUGGCACCCUGGAGACUUGAUACACAAAAAGGGGAAACAAAGGAACAGUAUCCAUGGAAAACUACAGAUGAUGAAUUGGAGCUUCUGAAAGAGAAGACCCAGAGGCACAUAAGGUUAAGAGAACUGCUCCUAGAAAGGUCGCUGGAUGCUUCACUUAUUGUCAUGACACUGCCAAUGCCUCGCAAAGGUACCUGUGCUGCUGGGUUGUACAUGUGUUGGAUUGACACCCUUACUCGAGACAUGCCACCGAUUUUAUUGGUCCGUGGUAACCAGGAGAGUGUUCUGACUUUUUAUUCUUAA